GGGAGAUCUAGUUCCUGGCCACGCUCUUUCCCGGCCGGGGCGACCUCCCCGCCAGGGCACCCGAUCCCUAAGGUGGUCGCGGCGGCGGCAUCCUCUGGCCAGGCCGCGGGGGGAGGGGCCUGGAGGCAGUGGCGGGGUCGGCACGGGCCACCGAAAGCGGGGCCAUGGAGCCCAGGGAGUCGGGGAAGGCUCCUGUGACGUUUGAUGACAUCACGGUGUACUUGCUUCAGGAGGAGUGGAUGCUGCUGAGUCAGCAACAGAAGGAAAUCUAUGGUUCUGACCAGCUGGUGGCACCACUGGGAAAAAACAAGAUGGGCUACGUGGAAGAAACGGAAGUGCAAGGUCCAGCCAGAAAAGCUGGGCUAUACCUGCCACCUCAGAAGAAAGCCUGUCUUUCCCACUUCAGUGCUGAGAGUGGCAACAUCAAGGUAGACUGUGCAGGAAAAAGCAAGAAACCCUUGAAACCCCGGUCUAUCCAGAAGUCGUGGUUUGUGCAAUUCCCCUGGUUGGUCGUGAAUGAGGAGCAGACGGCUCUUUUCUGCUCUGCUUGCCGAGAAUACCCGUCUGUCAGAGACAAGCGGUCAAGAUUAAUAGAAGGUUACACAGGACCAUUCAAGGUGGAGACUCUCAAAUACCACGCCAAGAGCAAAGCUCACAUGUUCUGCGUCAAUGCCUUGGCAGCACGGGACCCCGUCUGGGCAGCCCGUUUCCGGAGCAUCCGAGAUGCGUCUGGAGAUGUACUAGCUGGCCCAGAGCACCUCUUCACUGUAGAUUAUCCCAUAUUGUGCUCCCCAGGGCCUCUAGGAGCCUAUGAUAAUGUGGCCCAGCUCCUGCCCAGCUCAAGAGCUGAACUGGAGGACACUGGGGGGAAUGGAGCAAUUCCUGCAUUGUAUCUAGACUGCAUUUCAGAUUUGAGGCAAAAAGACAUCGCUGAUGCCGUCCAUAGCUCCUCGAACUUUCACAUUUUGUAUAAUGACUCUGCUGAAGCCUGCGACCAGGAUCCUUCUGAAGAGGGGCUGUUUGAGGAGGUUCCUGUGGUGUUUGAGGAGCUCCCGGUGGUGUUUGAGGAUGUGGCGGUGUAUUUCACCCGGGAGGAGUGGGGCAUGCUAGACAAGCGGCAGAAGGAGCUGUACAGAGACGUGAUGCGGAUGAAUUAUGAGCUGUUGGCGUCCCUGGGUAAAGAUUCACAUAGACCUUUGUUCGCCACCAUCAUUUGACACGGGAACCCAUAGGGCAGCAGUGUCUUGGGGUCGUCUUCCCAUUUCUGCCCUCCCCUGUACGUAGGCAGAGGGGCAUGAUAUCUUUUGCCGUCAGAACUCUCCCUGCUUUGGGAUGCUGUCCUUCAUCCCCUCUUCAUCCACCCACCCAUCCAUCCAUCCUCUGCCGAACAUUUACUGAGUA